AACUCACCUGAGUGUGUGUCUGUCUGUGAGAGAGUGUGUGUCGGUGAAUCACCUCACACACUUCCGGUGGUCAGAGGAACGUAAACACUGUCACGUGACAGAUGCGCACCGUCAGUGUAUCGGGACGCCCCGGCAGGGCGGAGUCUGUCUGAGCGUUUCUAAAUUAAAAAUCAGAUCAAUUCAAAACAAACGGAAAAUAUGAAUAUUUUAACGAAGUGAAACGAUUUAGUUGAUUAUUGAACAAUGAUGUAGAAGCUGCAUAAAAACUGUUCUAUUCCAAGAAGUUACAGGGAUGAUUAUGUAUAAAACAUAAAGAAGGACCAAGAUAUCAAUAAUUGUAUUUCAAUAAAAGGUAGAGAGCUAAAUCUAUUUUUAUCAUAGGCUGUAUAUAAACUUUAUAAGUUUUAAUUACAGCUUCUCUUUCUUAUAUCUUCUUUUCUAACAGAAUAAUAUAACGUCUGUACAGAGACAAGGCUCAAAGAGAACAGCCUCAUAAACAGCUCUACAUACAUUAGAGUCAAAUUAAUUAUUAUUACUAACUAAAAUAUAUUAUCUGUCAUCUUUGACAAUUUAAUCUAGUUUUGAAGAUUGAAAUUAACCUUCAUUUAAUAAACGAAUAUGAUUUCACGGUGUUGAUGUGAUUUGUAGAAGAAAUCCAGAAUCAGUGCGUGAGAGCACAUUUAAAAUAUAUAAUAUUUAUAUAUUACAUUAUUAUCACACUUAUUUGUAGUGUUGAAUGCUUCUUAUCCACUAGAGGGCAGCAAUUCACCUUUAAGAUACUCCACAAUCUCGCUCACACGCACACGCACACGCACACACUAACUACUUAUCUUACUCUUACACUAACAUAAACCUUAAAACCCUAAAACACUUCUUCACCCUUAUAAUUUACAUUAUUAGUACUUUGAACCUGAGUAAUAUUUAGAAACACACACACGCACGCACGCACAAACACACGCACACACACACAUGCGCACGCACGCGCACACACACACAGGUUCGUUCAGUGUCCUGCUUGAGGCCAGUAGCAGCAGCCGGACCUGAGAUCCGCACUAAUGGCUUAUCAGUGUUUGCUUAAACAAUCUACACGGAAGCCCUGAUGGGAUCUAGAGUAUUGGACACGUCUCACACGCACACACGCAAACACACACACACACACACACGCACGCAUACACACACACAUAUAUAAACAUACAGACAUAAAAACACACGCACACACACACACACAGCCCCUCACCUUAAUUCUAAUCUGACCCUUAAAAUAGAGCUCACACUGGUCCCCACACAGACAGUGAAACAGGUGCACGCACAAGGUGGUGGGGUGGGCUUGUUUUGUUGACCUGCGGGCGGGGCCUCGGUGACAGUGGCGGGGGGCGGACCUGAGGCUCAGUUAAAACCCUCCGUGGUUCCUCUGCUGUCAGAAGUGAGGCGCUCCAUCCUUCAGCCGCGCACAGGAUGUCGAACACGAGCAGGGUGGUGCUGGCUCUGGGGGGAGCGGGGACGGUGGGCUCCGGGAUCGUUAAAGCUCUGCUGGAUAAAGGUUUUAAGGUGGCAGUGAUCUCCAGGGACAGCAGUCGACUGGACCGACUCCGGACGUUCAUCUCCCCGAGCACAAAGGAAAACCUCACGACUAUAGUGGGGGAUGUGGGGUCCGAGGAGGGGGCGGAGCUAGCCAAGCAGGCGCUGCUGCAGGCCGUGGGGAAGGUGACGGACAUCGUUUCCUCUCUGGGCUUCAGCUGGUGGCAGGGAGGCCCCCCCCACACCCAGUCCGUCAAAGAGCUCCAGUGGGUGAUGGAGACCCUCCUCUUCAGCACGUUUGUGUCAUGGAAGACUUUCUUCCCGCUGGUGAGGGACGACUCCACCUGCACCUACACCUUCAUCACAGGAGGAGCAGGAGAAAAGCUGCUGAUGCCAGGAACUGGUUUCCUGACGGUGGGAGCUGCCAGCUCUCUGGCUUUCUGCCAGGUUCUACGAGAGGAGUACCCCGACGUGCCCUGUAAGCUGAACCAGGUGAAGAUCAACACAGGCGUAGCUGCUCCAGAGCGGAUGGCUCCUGGUUACCUGAACCAUCUGGAGCUGGGAGAAGCUGUCGCCGCCCUGGUGGAGAAGAGAGACACCUCCCACCGGGUCUUCACCAUCAGCUGCCCCGCUGAACUCAAAACCGUCCUUCUGGAGAGGAACCUGUAGACUCGGAGACGCCACCUUGUGGUCACAGUCUGCUCCUGCUCUGACUCGACUCUAGAAACAGAUGUGUCCUCUUCUCUCACAACUCCAAACGUCCUCUCACAACUUUCUCUGACUUGUGUAUCUUUUAAACUAACACUGUAAACGACUGCUCCUUGUUCUUAGAUCUUUAGAUACGUUUACUUUGCAUGAACCGUUGUGACGUUUGUAAAAAAUAUAAUAACACAAAGGA